UAUUGCGCUUUUUACGCCUUAUCGGCAACACUGAACACGACAGGAGCAGUGGAGUGGAGCGUGGAAGGAACUGACAUGAGUAAACAAGGUUGUCAUGUUGUGUGCAUGUUGUCAAUGUUGUUGAUGUUGAUGGUAUCUACAGGGUGUUCCAGUUUUGAGAGGGGACAGAGAACUCGAAAAAUGAAGGAAGUUUACUUGAUGAACAACUUCAGAAAUGCAUAAUAACUGAUGCACUAUAUUAGUAAUAAGAAUAAGGCAUUGAAGUUUGAUUACAAAAGCAAUCCUUUUCAAAUUUGGCACACUGCCUUUCCAUACUAGCAUUAAGGAAAAUAUUCCAGCUAAUAGGUACAGAAUAUGAAAAAUAAUUAAUGUUAUAUUAGGGAAGACAUCAGAAGAAGGUAUAUUAGAUUAUUUUACUUACUAUGGGUCCUACUUCAGUUAGUGAACUAUAGAGAACUACCUAUCUAUUAGAUAUUUUUAUUCAACACUGUUGAAAUUUGGCUCAGUAGCUCUGAUGGUUUAAUAUCUACAUUGACAAAAUGUUCUAAAUGACUGGCUUCCUCUGAGUUCACAAAUAUUCCCAAUGUUUUUGCAAUACUCUGAAGAUCAAAUAAAAUAUGAUUUGAACCAAUUUGAUAGCCAUUGAAAAUAGUCCUCUUGGUUCCAUCUUUGAACAUUUCAAUUCUUUUUGUCCCUAUAUACUUCAAAAAGUCAUAAAAUUUGUAGAAAUCCAUCCCAAAAGUUGCAUUGAGCAUUACUUGACAAUGCUCUUCAAAAGCAUCCAUUUCUUUGCAGUCUUCUAUUUGCUUAUAUAUUGCUGACAGAUUUGAUUUCAUAGAAUCAUAAAAUUUGUUUAUAUUGCAACCAUUCACCCAAUUAUGGUUUAUAGAAAUAGUGUUUUCUAAAUUCCACACUUGAUGAUGCCAUCCUGAAGGAACAAAUAUAGCUUCUCCUGCAUUUUGGAUAAUGGUAAAAACAUGUAAAUUAUCAUGAUUCUGUAUCUCUUCUGUGACAUCAUAUGGCAAAUUGCCCAAUUUAUCUCUCAUCAUCUCUUCAUCACCAGGAGGAAAAAUAAGCCACUUUUUCUUCCCAUAGAGAUUUGCAGACCAACUAUAAGACAUGAAUACAUCAGCAUGGAAAGGAGUCCAUGUGUCUUUUGGCCCCAUAUAGACAAAGCGAUAGUCAUCAUUAGUGCAUUGUAGAUAAUACUCAUUCAACCAAUCUGAGGCAAAGAAUAUAGGCACUUCAUAGAAAUGAUCCUCUUCAUGUGAGAGUUUCAAAUGCCAGUCUUUCAGGAAGCACAAAUAGAAACCGCGAUCGCCGAAGAUACCGAUCAGAAUCCGCCGAAGCCUCCGAUAAAGCACCUGAACCUGAACGGAUUGUGCAACAAGAGAGAACGGCCGGAAGAGAUCGCCUCGAUCGAGGAUUCCAUUCAGUCUUUGGCGGAGCUCAGGGUGCUCAGUUUGCGCUCGAACGGUAUCCAGGACUUCCCCAGCAGCGUGCUCCAGCUGACCACCCUGGUGACUCUGGAUCUGUCCGACAACAGGCUGUUGACUCUGCCGCCGGAAAUCGGCCAACUGAAGCAUUUGCAGGAGCUAGUGCUCGAUCAGAACCUGCUGAGUGUGCUGCCGGUGACCUUAUGGGAGUUGAAGCUGUUGAGAGUGCUCAGGGUGGCGAGCAACAGGUUGACAGUUCCACCGGAUAAACUGGCAACAAUGCGAGCUCUAGUACUUUCGGAGCCCGCAGGUAAAUCCAAUGAUUCCAAUGGACUGACAACACUGAAUUUGAGAGCUAACAGGCUGAAAGGACACAUCAUCUUGGGAAAUUAUGGGAGCCUCACCCAGUUAGAUGUGAGUGAAAACAACAUAGAAAACUUGGAUCUCAGUGCUGUUGAACAACUGCAAAUGCUUCAGUGCUCCAGGAAUUCCCUGACAACUGUGACACUCUAUGGAAAAAGACUGACAUCGAUAAUUGCCGGUAACAAUAAACUGAAGAACUUGACAAUCAUCCACCUUCCUAGUGGCCUGAAACACCUAGACGUGUCCUACAAUGAGUUAGAAGCCCUUCCUGAUUGGCUGUCGAGCUGUCAUGAACUCAGAUCUCUCUUUGCGAGCAACAACGCCUUAGUCACCUUACCAGAACACCUAUUUUGUCAAGAAUUUCCAUUCCUUCAUACAGUACAGCUAGCAUACAAUCAGCUCCAGUAUAUUCCUAUUCUUCAGAAGAAACUACCGAUACAAGAAAUGUUUCUCCAGAAUAAUAGUUUGUCUAGUUUACCUGAAAACUUCUUCACGUGUAUUCCUGAUAUCAAAGUACUGAAUUUAUCAAACAACAGGCUGUGUGAUAUACCAAAGCCCAACGAGGUGUUACUCAUCGAAAAACUAUUCCUUACGGCGAACUGCCUUAUUGAUGAAUGUCUCGAAAAGCUAGCACCGUUCCUGAAGAAUAUUAAAUCAAUUCACGCAGCCUACAAUAAUUUUACUUCCCUACCAAACAAUUGUUUCAUCUUCUGGUCUGAACUUGAAGAGCUGGUAAUGUCUGGCAAUAAACUGCUGAAGCUACCUGAAAACAUUGAUUCCAUGAAGCACCUUUCUGUAUUGCGAGUGCAUUCAAAUCUCCUACAAUCAAUUCCUAAGCUAUCCACACUUCUGUCACUAAGAGUUUUGGACCUAGCCCACAAUCAGUUGGAUCGGAUAGACCUAAGCUCUCUGAUACCACCAAACCUCAAAUUUCUUGAUCUAUCUUUCAACACCAAGUUACAUGUCGAUUCUCAUCAGUUUAAUGUGUAUAGGACCCAACGACCAAUGAGUCUAGUGGACGUAUCGGGGAAAAACAGAACUACCCUUCCUUUAGCACCUUCACCAUACUGUGAGAGUGAUUUAACAGAAAAUUCUUGGUCUGUAGGAUUCUCAGAGACAGCUGGGUGCAAACAGCGAUUAUACAUCUCACAAAUUCGCUUACCGGCUUUCUGUAACACAGAAGCUCUCUUCGGUAUUUUUGAUGGUGAGUCCAACAGCGAAUUACCUAAUGGAGUGGACAAAGCUGUGCCAAGAAUCCUACUAGAAGAGAGGACAGUCAAGGAAACAGCCCAAGACUACAUGAAAUACUCUAUGCUAUCAGCGCAUAAAGAACUCAGAGAACGAGGCCAAAAGCAAGGACUGAAUGCAAUAUUAGUACAUAUAUUGAAAGCGAAGCAAUCUCCUGAAUAUUCCUUCUGUGGAAGCAUGAGGAAAUAUGUGAUGAAAAUUGCAAGUAUUGGGGACAUCCGAGUGGUCCUCGGUAGACUAUCUGGCCCCGUUCGCUUACUUCCUAUGAAACUCAGAAAGCAGAUAAGGACUAACCCACAAAUCCACUUGACGAUCCCUGAUCCAGACGUGAUGGACAUUUAUCUAGAAGAACAAGACGAGUACAUGAUAAUCGCCAACAAGCAUCUGUGGGAAGUAAUCAGUCCAGAAAACGGUAUAAAAGAAGUAACACUACAAAGGAAUGUAAUCCUAGCCGCCAAGAGGCUACAAGAUUUAGCCCAGAGCUACGGCGCAGAAGAAAAUCUAAGCAUAAUAGUAGUCAAGUUCAACCUUCUGGAUACAGAUGUCGAUUUGCUCAUGAGAGAACUGCGACAAACCAUCAAGAUGAACAAGUAUCAGAACGAGCCUGGCAACUCUAACACUGGGGGUUGUCAGUCUGGUUGUUGUUGCGAAGCAUUGAACAAAGAAUGUUUCAAUUGUUUCGAGCAAAUACCCAUACCCCCACCAAUGAUGGUUAGUGAUGAUAGAUCAUCGCCUAGUGGGCAAAGUGAACAGUGUUGCAGUGAUUGCAAUUCGUCAGCAAAACUCUUCAUUAACCAGCUGAAUAAGCAGAAUGAGAUAAGGUCUGCUAGGAAUGUGGCACCUUCGAUAUUUGAGACUGUAGGGAUGGCAAAGAGCCCAGAACGUAAGAGCUAUAGAGGUGUAGCCAAAGCUUUGAGACAGAGGAAGGAAGAGGAACGAAACCGAGAGGAUUCAGAUUCUGCGUUGUCCGAGGAACAGUUUAAAUGUUGGGAGUAUAUGUUGGAGCAGAACACACAGUUACUGUUCGAUAAAGAACUCAAUACUUUGAAGAGCGUGAGGGGUAAACUGAAGACCCCUUCUUUAUCCCGAAGUUCUCCACAUUUAGCUGAAAGCAAUACCAACCAUCAAGGAACCUUCUUAUCGAAACAGUUCGGCAGUGCAAGGUCAUUCAAUCCCUUGUUGCCAAAGUCAAGUUCAAGAUAUGCAUUGGACCAGAAGCAAUUAUUAGGUGGGCCUAACGCGGCAUAUUUUGGUAGUUUGCAAAGACUGAUGCCGUAUAAUCUGGAGUAUGAUUUUGCUGUUAUGCACGAGAGAGGAUUGGCUGAUUCUUUGGAUUUGGACAGAAUGCAGCAAUACUGGGGAGUCACAACAACAGAACUUUGAAUAAGUAGAUUGUACUGGGAGUAAUGCAAAUAUCAGAGAAUCAUGUUCGUAUGGAUCAGUCAUUCACUUAUUGACAGUACGAGGAAGGUAACGCCAGAGAAAUGUAAAAAUCAGGUUUGAAUCGAGGGAUAUUUUUAUUUGAAUCUGAAUUGGGCAAU